AUGGCUGAAGCGGAUCCCCCCGCACCGAGCCUGCGGAAGGGCAAGUCCGGUUCGAGCCUCAAGACUGUCACACAAGAACAGUCCGCUGCCGCUGAAUCGCCCAUUGCCAGAGCCGAAGUGCCCUCAAUGCCUUCUAAAGAACCAAUCUCCGAUAACUCAAGUCACCCGGAUCUCUCCCCGCAAUCCCCAACGUUGACGGUCCGUCACGCCGAAACUGAGAAGCUGAGGCCGAAGACAGCCCUCCCACGGACAAGUUUUAGCAGGGCCAGGGCGUCGCUCGACGGUCGCUCCAUAGCCAGCCUGAAAUUCACCCCGCGAAUUCCCAGCAUAAUGGUAAACGACGCCCCUCCCCGUCCUAGUUCGAGGAUGUCAGAGCGCAGUGUGCGGUGGGGCGGUCGGAGGGCGCAGAAGAAACCUGAAGUCCCGACGGUGCCACCGCUUCCCGCUGUCGAGCCGUUCCAUGGAAUAAGGCUGGAUAUACCGUCUGGCUCGUUGGAAGACCUUACCACUGCCACUAUGGAAGCUUUGCAGUCGUCAACUCCAGACCAAGUUCCCAACAAGCAGGCGCCGCCAGAACAGACUCCGGAAGGUUCCGCCAAUACCACGGAGGCGAAACUCACCGUCAAUGGCUCGACCCGUUCUUCAAGCACAAGGCGCAUUAGAUCGGCAAAUUCCUUGCGUUGUAGGCCAAGUGUUACUUCGAGUCGGCCUAUCUCCGCCGAUGAGGAGAUACUGUCUCACAAAGUUAGAUUGAUGUACGAAAUGGGUGAUGCAGAUAUUGAUGAUUCCGAAAUUGGACAGCUGUUGAAUGAGGAUCAAGAUGUUCUGUGGGAAGAGCCAUCAUCUCUGGAUGACAACGGGGAUCGAGUAUCUGCUACCGAUAAUACUUUACUCACUGAACCGGUAAACGCUCCGAAGAGCGGAUCCCGCCGGGGUAGUAUGAUCCAGCGAGAAGAGACUGAAUUAGCGGGGGGCAUAGAGGACUGGAAUAACGUUAGGAAUGAGGAUGUAGACAGAUAUGGGUUUAUCAUCCCGCGCUGGGACACCGGAGACGGCUCGGAGCCGAAUCCACCCCAGCCGCUUCAACGCGUGUCGACGAGUCUGAUGCUUGCUUCUGCUUCCCCGCGUAGAAAGCGGACAUUACGAAGGACUCCCACGGCGACUGCCAGCAUCAGGUCGUUCUCCGGUCGCUCUCCUUCACGAAAGUCGACCGACCAACCCAACCGCCCAACCUCUUCUCAGAGUUCUUACCACCCAAAUCUAACCAGGACUGCUUCCAGGUUUCGAUAUGCUACUAAUAAACUGCCGCAUAACAAGGAUCGAAAGCUGAUGGAUGAAGCCAGCGAUAUGUUGACGCUUCCGGCAUCAGUGGAGAGAGAGAUGGCCCACGACGACACUCCCUAUGCUCGCGCUAUGAAGAAGAAAGAAUGGGAACGGGAGGACAAGUGGAGGAAAAUGGCCAAGCUCACGUCGAAGGACAGGGACGGUUCUGGGAUGACCUUUGAAUUCGAUACCACCAGCCCCAAACUCAUUGAACGGACCUGGAAGGGUAUUCCCGAUAGCUGGAGAGCGACAGCAUGGCAUGCAUUCCUCACAGCUAGUGCCAAGAAGCGGAAAGACAGCCCGACGGAUGAAGAACUCAUUCGCCGCUUCAAUGAGCUACAGGACGAGCCGUCGCCUGAUGACCUCCAGAUCGAUAUUGACGUCCCGCGCACGAUAAGUAGCCACAUCAUGUUCCGUCGACGUUAUAGGGGUGGCCAAAGGCUAUUGUUCCGCGUUCUUCAUGCUAUGUCGCUCUAUUUCCCUGAGACUGGCUAUGUUCAGGGAAUGGCGUCUCUGGUUGCCACCCUACUUGCAUACUACGACGAGGAGAAUGCAUUCGUGAUGCUAGUUAGGCUUUGGCAGCUUAGGGGUCUGGAACGUCUGUAUCGUUCUGGAUUUGCCGGGUUGAUGGAAGCACUCGGAAAUUUCGAAAAGGAGUGGCUGGACGGAGGGGAAGUUGCGGAAAAAUUGACCGAACUCGGCAUCCCCCCUACGGCGUAUGGAACUCGCUGGUAUUUAACAUUGUUUAAUUACUCUAUACCAUUUCCCGCCCAGCUUCGCGUCUGGGAUGUCUUCAUGCUUCUUGGGGACUCUGGUGAAGAGGCCCUUUCAAGGCCAGCCACUAGUUCUCACUCUAAAGGCGGCUCGAUCGGUAGCCAGCAACCACAGGCAGACAUCGCAACCCCUUUCGGGCGCAGCCUCGACGUUUUGCAUGCUACAUCGGCGGCUCUAAUUGACGGCAUGCGGGAUAUCAUUCUAGAGUCUGACUUUGAGAAUGCGAUGAAAGUCCUGACAAGUUGGAUUCCAAUUAAGGACGUCGAGCUGUUUAUGCGCGUAGCAAAGGCAGAGUGGAAAGUGCACUAUCGAAAGAAGGCUUAAGAUGGGCUUUGCCGCCUCGUCCAGUACGGCAUAUAGCCUUGCAAAUCGUUCUAUCCAGAGAGAUAUCCGGCCUUACUUCGAUCUUAUGCCCGCUUUGGCGGUUUCGAUUGUCAACCUCCUUGCACGCGAAUUUCACCAAACCAUUUUUUUUCUCCCGGACCCAUUUACAAUUUGUCGCCUGUUUCCCUUUUCUCUCAGAUUAUACAUCUACGCUAUACGCCUACGCGCUGUCUCCUUUUCGUUCUCGUCCUUGUGCUUUCCAUAGAGCAGUUCGGUUCACUGGUUCAUCACCAAGACAUAUGACCAAAAGCUUCUUUGUCUUCUCCUUUCAACGUCAGUCCCUGUAUUUUGUCCGCGUUGCCAUUUGUGUCCCCGGUUCCUAUCUAGCCUUUGCUUCAUUUCAUCCCAUCUAUGAUGUGGCAUCAAGAUACCCCCGUGACUAAGUCACGAUCUAACUUGACACUUCUUUAGUCUGCUCUUUUCCUUUUUUUUCUUCUUUUUCUUUUUUUUCCUUUUUUUCUUUUUCCACCCUCCCCCUUUUUAUUUGUUCUCUGUUUUCAUAAGAUACCUCGUUAUCAUGACUUUCAUAUUUUUGCUAUCUUGGAACAUCCUCUCUUGGGAUUUUUCUUCAGUUUUCCCGAGCAUGGAGGCGCAGUUUUUGUGCUGAAGAGGAAGCAUCUGAAGACGAGCGACGCUUUGCAGUUUUCAAGUACCAAAAUAGUUUUUUUGUAUCUGCCUAGAUUUUUAUUUCAUUUUCUUUUAUUAUUAUUAUUAUUAUUUAAGACAUUUAAUUUAUAAUCUAUAAUACAUACGGA